ACCUAUAAAUAUUUUAAAAAUAAAAUGUUUUAAAAAAGUAUUUCUAAAUAAAAUACAAAGAAAAAUUAAAUUUUAUAAAAAAGUUAUUUAAAAAAAAUAAAUUGAAUUAAAUCAAAAAAUUUAGCCCCAACAUGGAUAUUAAACCCUGUAUAACACCCACCUCUUCUACGUCCACUACAUCAGCAGCACAAACUCUUAAUUCCUCUACAUCUGUUAGCAGCGCUUCUAAUAGUAUAACCACUUGUAAUACUACAACUACCCAUUUACCUCUUGACUAUAGUUUGGGUAAUUUUAAACCUGCCAUUGCUUCCGAUUUUCCGGGACCCUAUGUUAGUUCCGCUCAACCUGCCAUACAAUUACGCGAUAUUAGUGUUUUAACUACAAUGGCCGCCACCAUACCCUCACCAACACAAUUGCUGCAACAUCGUGGUCAACAACAACAUCAAGCCCAAACAACGGCCACGGAUAGUCAUCAUCAGCAGCAACAACAACAACAGCAGCAGCAGGAUUAUCAACCUGUAUCGGCAUUUAAGGCUGUUUUACCAAAAAAGAAAACUACCGACGAUGAAUUGGCUUUCAGCAUCAAUCGUCUUGUCAAGACUGAACAUUUGCAGGCUCACACAGCAGCCGUUGCCGCAGCAGCAGCGGCGGCCGCUGCGGUGGCUGCCUCCAAUAAUCAUACCCCCACAGCGGCCACAAAACUGCUAAUGGAAGAAAACAACAAUAAUAAUAUAGCAAUGUUAAGUAAAAAUCAUAUUUUACAAUGGAAACUUGAAAAUAAUGCGGCCCUACAACAACCACUCAACGCCUUAGAAGCAGAACGUCUCUACGAAAGGGCCUCACGUUCCCGAUCACGCAGUUUAUCACGUUCUUCCUCCUCACAAAUUGAUCUAGAUGAUGAUAGUAAUUGUAGACGUUCGCUACAAUCACGUUCUAGAUCACGUUCCAGUUCGGUGGAGUUGGAGGUGGACUCACCACCUGCUUCACCUAUACCACGUAGACACAUGUCGAGACCUUCUAGUGUAACAAAUAGUAGUAGUAAUAAUCCAAAUAGUGAUUUGUUAAUGCAUAGUAGAACAAGUCCUAAAAAGUCUGAAAUGUUUUCGGUAUCAGCUUUACUGAGAAAAGAUGAUCCUCAAAAGUCAUCAGGUUUAAUACAUCAUCCCAAUGCAGACCCUUUUGAGGCUUUAAGACAGGCCUAUCCCACCAACUAUGAGCCCGCCAUGUUUCAAAGACCAUUUCUAUCGCCUGCCUUUCCCUUCUUUGCUGCCUUUGCCUUUCAUCAGGGUCAACAGCAGCAAUCUGGUUUGGGUUCUAGUUAUCAUCCUGCCUCCCAAGAAGAUCUCUUUAGAUUGCGUAAUUUAAUGGUGCCUCUACAAUCAACACAAAAUGGUGCUGCACCCAAUGCUGUUUCAGCGGCAGCCGCUGCUGCAGCUGCGGCUGGUGGUCAUGCUACUAAUGGUUUACCGCCAAAUUCCCAUUUGGGCCUGCCACAUCCCUCCCAUUUACAUUUUCAUCAUAUGGCCGCUAAAUGGUCGGGUUUGCCACAAUUCAGUGACCUGUAUUCAUGCAUGAAAUGUGAAAAAAUGUUCUCCACCCCACAUGGCCUUGAGGUUCAUUCGAGAAGGACACAUCAUGGCAAAAAACCCUAUGCCUGUGAAUUGUGCAAUAAGACCUUUGGUCAUGAAGUUAGUUUAAGUCAACAUAGGGCUGUUCAUAAUGUUGAAAAGGUUUUCGAAUGCAAACAAUGUGGCAAACGUUUUAAACGUUCUAGUACAUUGUCAACACACCUUCUAAUACACAGUGAUACCCGACCAUUCCCCUGCAGCUAUUGUGGUAAACGUUUCCACCAAAAGAGUGAUAUGAAAAAACACACAUAUAUACAUACAGGUGAAAAACCACACAAGUGCCAAGUUUGCGGUAAAGCUUUCAGUCAAAGUUCCAACCUCAUCACUCACUCACGCAAACAUACCGGCUACAAACCUUUCUCCUGUAAAUUAUGUCACAAAUCAUUUCAACGUAAAGUCGAUUUGAGAAGACACAAAGAGACACAACAUACAAAUCUGGGUCCCUUAAUCGAACGCAAUAUGGGUAAAGUGGAAUUUUUGGCGGCAGCAGCUGCUUCAGCGGCCGCUGUGGCGGCGGAUGGUGCUAGUCAUAUGCAAAAUGGCAUGGGCGCGGCAUCCUCAGGCCCUCCCAAUGGUAAUGCUGCUCUAAAUGCUCAGCUGACUGCUAUGAAUUGUCAAAAAGUUUCGCUAUUGGUAUAACAUCAGCAACAUCAGCAGGAACAAGAUCAUCAGCAGCAACAUCAACAUCAUCAUCAGCAGUCUCAUUUGCCUUUAAAUUCCUCUUCCCAACAUCAUACUCAAUUGCUGUUGCAUUCUCAAUUGCAACAGCAUCCUCAUUCGCAGCAGCAGCAUCACCAUCAGCAGCAACAACUUCAACAUCAUCACCAGCAGCAGCAACUGCAUCAUUCUACUCAAGUACUCAACAGCAGGCCCGAACAACGAACAUGUGCAAUAUUAAAUACUACGGUUAUAGAGAAAACACAAAAUUUUAAUUUAUUUAUUUCUUAAAAAACUAAAUUUAAAAAAAUAUUUGAAAAACAUCAAUUGACUUUGGAAAUUUGUUGAACUUAUGACCAAAACUGCUUCACAAAUGUAAUGAAUUAGAGACUAACAGAAAAGCUUGGCAAAAUGUAUCUAAACAUAUUUUUUUAAACAUUUUUAAAAUGUUUGCUUCGUACAUUAAAGUUAUUUUAAUGCAAUUCUUUAUUUUUAGUAGCAUGUAUCUAAACAUGUUGCUUAAGCAUCUACUAAAACUAUUCUUGAAUUUAGUUUUAAGCAGAUUUUAUGUAAAACGUUUUAAAACUGUUAAUGCAAAACAUUCCUUUGCUUUAUAACUGCUUUCUUGUAACACUCCAUACACCAAGAUGUUGUGCAACAUUUUGUUGAAAACAUAAAACAACUUCAACAUCUUCCUGAGAUUUAAUCACCGUAUUUGAAAUCUAAUGUGGCUGCAAAUCUCCCUGAGCAUAUUGCUUAAGAUAUCAUUGAAGCACAAUGAAACUGACAUACUGACAUGCUCAGCAACUUGUUGCUAAGCUUUCAUCAUGUAGUAGAAAACUCGAGUUGAAGUAAAUUGUACUUAAAUAUGUUGUUAUUAAAACACAAUCAUAUUACUGAUGUAAAAAUAUUGCUCACAAUAAGUUUUCGAAGUAAAUUUAUUCAGCAACAUGUUGCUAAGCUUAUGAACAUUAUAAAAACUACUUUAAAAAUGUUGUAAAUCUUAAUGAAGGGAAAUUAAAGUCCAUGAAAACUUUAGAGAAGUAAUCAUGAUGCAUAUAAAUAGUUUUCAAAAGUAUACAUAUUCAGCAACAUGUUGCUAAGCUCAUCAACAUUAUAAAAACAAAUUUAAAGAUGUUGUAUAUGUUAAUGCGGGGAAAUUUAAGUUCAUGAAAACUUUAGAUAAGUAAUCAUGAUACAUAUAGAAAUUUUUCAAAGUAUACCUAUUGAACAACAUGUUGCUAAGCUCAUCAACAUUUUAAAAACAAAUUUAAAAAUGUUGUAAUUGUAAAGUGUGUACUACAACAUGUGGCUACUAAGCAUUGAUCAUGAUGUUGAAGACUUAAAGUGAAAACAAAUAUUGUUCAUUACGAAGUGAGUAAAAGUAUUCACCUACAUGUUGCUAAACUUAUGUUGCUAAAACCCUAAUCAAACUGUAUGUUUUUAUCAUCAUUAUAAAAUGUCCAGUUUUUGAUCGUAUUACUUCCCCAAAACUAAAAUAUUUAAAAACUUUUUGACGCUAACAUGUUUAGCUACAUGUUGCUAUACUUUUAUCUUUCUAUUAAAGUGAAGUGUUAAACUUAAUGUUGUUCAAAGCUAAUUAUUAAGCAUUUUAAAACUGAAAUUCAAACUUUCAACAAAUUUCUAAAGUCAACACAAAACAAAAUGAAAUUCUUUUUAUUAUUUUAAAAUUUUUCAACAAAAAAACUCCUUUUUAAUUUUAACCAAAAAUUAUUAAUAUGAAAAACUCCCUUGUUGCCAAACUAAAAUUACACUUAAAAAAAGAAAUAUUUAUUAACAAAAACAAAAUAUAGAAAAGAAUGUUAAAUAAAUAAUCUAUAUUUUAGUGUAAAUUUUGAACCCCUAAAACAAAUCCAUGUAAAUUUAACCAAAGAAUUUAAAUAAUUUUUAAAUAUAAAUUCCAUUAGUAAUU